UUUGCUGGAAGUAAAAGUAUAGUUUUUCGUGUGGGGUUUCAAAAUUUCGUAGUUUGUAUUCGGUUGAACUCUUCCUUUCAUUCAAUCUAAAUGCCAAGGAUUCCUAUGAGCUGGAGGAGUGUCCUUCGGCUGAUUCGACUGCACUACCAAGUGGUGGGCAACAUCGCCGUGCUCUGCCUCCUUGUGAUGAGUAUCAUUGACUACGGGUACAUCUACCACGAAUGGGACCUCCUCUGGUGGCGCGAAAUGGUAGCGCAGGAGGAGAUCACUCCGCUGUCGGUUUUGUUGCACAUCGGUGGAUUCAAGGUGGCUGUUAUCCUGAUUAUCACGCUGUGGCGCUAUAGUGGAGAAGGAGCUGCAAAGGAUCAGCAGGGCAAUCUGGACAUGCCCAUCUCAUUCGUUCGUAGGCGGUACAGUCGUUUUCUUGUGAUGCUCCUGUUGGCGUCCAUGGACCGGCUGAUCCACCACCACCCACGAAUAAAUGACUUCCUGCGAAAUCACAAGGACUGCGCCGAGGCAGUGAAGGAGUUUCGCUGGAGAGCAAGAAAGCUCUUUGAACGCACAGAUUUGCAGCUCUGCCUUCCACUCCACGAAGUUCUUUCUGUGGAUGAGCAGCAGGAGAAGGAACUCCUCCGCCUGGGUUACGGCGAGAAAUUGACGCAGUUGCGAGAGCUCGACAUCUACAAGAUGGUCUACAAGUACUAAAUUUGGUCUGCUAACCGAUUUAAUGGUUGCCAAACUUUUUAAUUGGCUCUGCCGUUGUUAAUUUCUUUUCACAAUCGUCUUAAUUUAAGUGCAGCACACGCAUGUGAGGGUCCCAAGUUCCCAAAGUAAGAGGUCCCUUGCCUUGAUUACUUUUCUGGAGUGUAGUCAGAUCAUCACUCAAAGUAUGCUUUUGGGACUUAAAAACUAUAAGAAACAGAUUUAUUGUAAUCACUUCGACACUUAGGUGUAUAUAUUUUAGCGCUACAUUAAAAAUUAAAAUUGAAAUCUUA